CUUAUCCUGCAUGCUUAGAGAAGCCAAGGGAGACAAGAAAGGAAUCCCAUGUACCCCAGACACCACGGAAACGAGAAAUACUUUUUUUCUCUUCCCCCUGCUCUCAUUGGAUAAGUUAUUUAUUUCAUACGAAUGGCACACCUGGAGAGGCUGCUUGGUCCAGAACUAGUGACGCCAGACGGCAGCAAUGUGUCAGUGUCUACACUCCAGGAAUGUGAACUGAUCAGCCUGUACUUCUCAGCUCAAUGGUGCCCACCGUGUAAAGGAUUCCUCCCUAACCUACGCCACUGCUACGACAAGGUGAAGGAGAAGGGUAAGCGGUGGGAGGUCGUCUUCGUCAGCCUGGACACGGACAAGGAGUGCUGCCAGCAGAACUUCGCUGAGAUGCCAUGGCUUAUGGUGCCCUACGACAGCGCCCUCAGGGAACCCAUGCCUGACAACUAUGGACUUAUGGGCAUCCCGGCGCUCGUUUUUAUAAAUCCUAAGACAGGGGAGACAAUCACAGAAGAAGGGGAGAACAAUUAUUUUGUCUGACAAAGAUGGAGAUAACUUCCCUUGGAAUCAAACGCCAACAUAAAUUUUAUAAGUAUAGAGACAUAAUUUUUUUUAAUGUAUUGUAUAUAGAUCUAUUUUUUUGUAAA